UACAUUAAAAGCAGGUCAAUAUACCACCAAGAAAUUAACCCUUAGAACCUCUCACUCUCUCUUUAAUUUCUCUCAUUGUGAGUAAUUAAGAUGUAUAUGUCUCCAGGGCAAGACAUGCCAUCCAUGUCUAAUGACACAAACAACAUGAAGAAGACGAUUAUGCACAGCAGUCUCUACUGGGGCAAAGAUGCCAUAGUGCUUUUCCCUAGGUGGCCUGAGAACAGUGUUGGCAUGUACAUCUUAGCCCUAAUUUUUGUGUUCUUCCUAGCUAUGGCUAUUGAAGUGUUAUCUAACCAGCCACUCCUCAAACCUGGGACUAGUCCCCUUGUGGGAGGGCUUAUUCAAACUAGUGUGCACUUAUUUCGUAUCAGCUUCGUUUACAUGGUUAUGCUUGCUGUCAUGUCCUUCAACGCCGGAAUCUUCAUAGCUGCUGUUGUAGGGCACUCCUUGGGAUUCUUCGUCGCCAAGUUUCGCGCUCUUGCCGUCGCCAAUAGGGAAGACAAAGGGUCUUCCUCCAUCUGAAACAAUGUUUGAUGUAUUCUAUAAUAUUCCCUCCAAUCUUUUGUCUAAGAAAUAAAUGAUAAUAGACCUGUUUGGAUAUGAGUCACAGUGCUUUUGAGAAUUUUUUUAUUGAAAAUAUAAAACUUUUUCAAUAGAAAAGUUUUAAAAAACAUUUUUAACCUUAUAUCCAAACGGGUUCAUUUUACAUUAUUUGUUUCUUAUAAAGAAGCCCGGGGAAGUAUAUGCUUAUAAAGUGGCAUGGUUUUGUUCAAGAUUCUUUUGUCUAUUAUAGAUUAUUUAUCAGUGGAUUGGUGCUGA